AUUGCUGGGAAAGGCUCCAGCACUCACGCGACCCUCGUGAGGAUAAGUGGCUAAGAAAAUGGAUGGCUGUUGAUGUUAGCCUGCCAAUUUGCUUUCCGUGGGAUGUCACGUGUGCAUAGUUAAAAAACACAAGUUUAAAAAAUGCAUAUACUUAUGUGUCACGAAUUGUUUAUAAAGGGGUAAAAUAUGGGAAUAUGUGGUCAGCCCACAGCAUUCGAGAGCGGACAUGACGUCUUUAUAUGGAUUUAAAUAAAAAUAUUUUAAAUGUAUUGUCACAAUUUUCCGAAGCUGUCAAUAAGAUCAAACAAAUUAAUAAUUUAGAACCAAUAUCGAUUUGAAUGUCAGCCUCGGCUGACGUCACGCCCCCGACACAGUGUCAGCUAACUCCACUUAGCUUUACGUUGUUUUUCAUGCACGUUGGGAUUUGUAUUUUCACGACCCUGCUAUCCUUAUCUCACAAACAUGUUACUUCAUCGCACUUCAGAAAGACAGUGAUCGCAUAAAAGAAGAAGGGGCCGGAGGAGAGUGUAUGCAGCAGUGAAGAAGAGGAGAGUCCUCUUCCAAGAUGGCCAGUGAGCUCCAUGAGACCAUCUUAAUGGCCAAGCAGGAGCGCCACAAGAAUCUCUUCCUCAAUUACAGGAAUCUCAACCAUUUUCCUGUGGAUCUGCUCAAAGACGAGGGCCUUCAAUUCCUGGAGAGGCUCUACAUGAAGAGGAACUCGCUCACUACACUGCCUGAAAAUCUUGCGCAGAAGCUGCCGAAUCUCAUAGAGCUGUAUUUGCACUCCAACAACAUUGUGAUUAUUCCUGAAGCAAUCGGAAACUUGGGCCGGCUGCAGUCGCUGGACCUGAGCAGCAACGCCCUGUUGCUGCUUUGCCCGGAGGUGGGAAGACUGAGGUCUCUGAGACACCUCAGACUGUCUAACAACCAGCUCAAAAGUCUGCCGCCAGAGAUUGGCGACCUUCAGUUCCUGGAGACUCUGGAUGUGUCUAUGAACCAGCUGGUGUCGCUCCCCAACAGGCUGCACCGCUGCUCGUCCCUGCAGUACCUGAGCGCCGACCAUAACCUGCUGAGCCACGUUCCGCGCCACCUCUGCCGGCUGGCCCGCCUCACCCAGCUCUCCAUGGCCGCCAACCGCCUCACCUUCCUGCCGCUGGAUCUGGGAGGAUCGCGCGAGCUGCAGUUUGUGUUUGUGGACAACAAUUUGGACCUGAAAGGCCUUCCCUCCUACUUGUACAACAAGGUCAUCGGGUGUAAUGGGUGUGGCAUCUCUCCAGUGGGCAGCACGGCGGGCCAGGAAGGCCAAGAUGAGGCGCUCAGUGAGGCUCUGUCAGGGCUGCCAGCCGAAGUCAAAGCGGUGGCUUCUGAGGCAGACACCGUGGUCCCGCUGGAGGAGCUUGCCAUGAGAAUGCUGCACCGACUCUACCACCACCCCACAGAUGCAAACUCGCCACCUCCCGUCCCGCUCCCAAAGACUCUCCUGGAUCUGCUGCAAUUCCCGCUAGGCCACUGUCACCGUUGCACUCAAGCCAUGUUCACCGUCAUCUACCCCAAACUCUUCCCACUGCGACACACCGCCCUGGCAGGAGUGCACCGCAGGACCACAGUCAGUUUUGUGGCGUACUGCUGCUCCAGCCGCUGCCUUCGGACGUUUGACCUCCAGGGCUGACGUUGUUGCCUCACACUUUGGAGCCGCCAUGUUGAAAGUAGUCAUGACUGUUUUAUAACUCUGACGAUGGACGUGGGACUGUG